AUUGCAUUUAAUAGUACUGUAUGCCCUAAUUACAGGUUAGGGGAUUAAAUAUCAGUCAUAUUAAUCGACCCGCGCCUGGUGAUCACAAAAAUUACCGCUACAAGGUGCACUAUCCCGAGGACGGGCAGUACACUAUUAAACAUCUCAAGACGACCAAGCUUGGAGGACGUGAUCCUGAAACAGGUCGCAUAAUUGUGGGAACGCUGGGUGGCGGCGCAAAGAGAAAUUAUCGCUGGAUCGAUUGGUUCAGGUAUGGCCCCACAGAUGGAACCUUCUUGGAGGAGAGAGUCAUUGAUAUCUUGUAUGAUCCCAAUCGCACAGCUCGCAUUGCUCUUGUGGCAAGUGGUAUUAACAUGAGGUAUAUUGUUGCUACGGAAAACAUGAAGAAAGGAGAUCUCAUCAGAACUUCCAGUUACAUCCCACGUAUAACUGUACGACCAAAAGAAGGUGACGCUUAUCCUGUAGGAGCUCUGCCGGUUUCGACACUCAUCAACUGUGUGGAGAAUCGACCAGGGGACGGUGCCAGGUUGAUAAAAGCUGCCGGUACAGCAGGAGUAAUUUUAAGAAAGAUGAGCGAUAAAGUGGUUGUACAGUUACCAACUAAGAGAGAAGUGGCCCUGGAUCCUCAGUGCAUGGUAACUGUUGGGAGGGUCUCUAACAUAGACCACGGCAAAAAGCACGUCGGUUCAGCACAGAGACGACGCUGGCUGGGAAGGCGACCAGCUUCCGGUUGGUGGCAACGUAAGGAUGGGUAUUGUGGGCGAAAGAUUCGUCCAUUGCCUCCUAUCAAGACCUAUGCUCCACUGCAACCCAAGGUGCCCAUCAUGACUUUAACACUCGACAAUGAGGGUCCACCUAGACCGGUGAUUCCCAGUACAGAUCGUGUAACAUAAGUGGACAAUAAAUGAGAUUGUGUAACUUAAGAAAUAGGAGGAAAAUUUGAGAUUGUGUAACAUAGGAAGUAGCAGAGAAAUGUAAUACAAGACUUUUUUUUUUUUUUUCUUUUGCUGUAAUGUCAUCAAUGCAUACAGAAUUUUCCUUGUAUUUUUAGUUAUUAUUAUUAGUCAAAACUGAGUGCUAAAAGUUUUUAGCAAAUAUGAAAAAGCAAUAUAAUCAUUAAAUCACAAAUAGAAUAGUUGUACAGGUGUAUUUUUAUUUUUUGGCCAUCUCCCACUGAGGCCGAGUUUAUGUAUUUAUCUUAAAAUUAAUACGAGUUAUCAUUGUCAUAGGUGAAUCAUAGCCAGGCGCUGUUUAUUACAUUUUAUUUGCUAGAGCUGAAAAAUUCUUUUUUUAGAUGAAUUAAGUUUUGUUCACAAAGUCCCAGGGUUUGUAUUUUUGCAGUUGUGCAAGGCACAGACUGAUUAGUACAAUCUUGGUUAAAAAUACUGUAUUCUUGAACAUGGAUGAUAUAAUGAUACAGUAUGGUUGAAAGGACACAAGUACAUACACUUUUGACAUCUUUAUUGGAUAAUUUUCAUUCCUGGGACACUGUGGUGUCGCUAAAUGAUACAAGAGAAUUGAAACAGUGUAAGUAGUAGAGAAUGUUAGUUACUGGUGAUGGUCAGGUGACAGUGUGAGGUCACCUAAUUGCUGUGUUGCAUGGCAGCUGAGAAGAAGCUUAUUACAGUAUCAUGUGUGCCAGAGUUUUUGAGAUAUAUUUGGCAGCUCUGAUCUGUGGUGUUGGAAGUGGCAGUUAGAGGCUUCAGUACAGUGGUGCCUACCCCUGCCAUAUCCUCUGAAGAUCAUUUCAAUGUUGUUCUGGUGAAUGAGAUGAUUCUCUUUAGUUCUCUGUGUAACACAAGAAUUCCUGGUGUUAUCUCAGUUGCAUUUUUGUGUUCAGAAACAUAUGGAAAUUUUUUUUCUCCAUGUUUUUUCCUAUAGAUUUUAUUGCAACUCUUACAUGGUAUGGUGUACACACCUGCUUCACUGUUGGGUUUGUCAUAGUAAACUUCCCAGUGAAAGAUGUGGCCCUGGUAGCUAUGUGGAUGUUGCUUCCAGAGAGGUAGUUCACAGUGGUGUUUACCACUUCUUGAGGUAUAAUGCAGAGUCUGGGGUUCUUGGUAGUAGUGGUGGUGGUGCUAGAGUCGAGUGUGGUCUUAGUUCAGUUUUUGCAAUCUUGUAUAAAGUAUGGAGGGAAGUGUGUUUGAAGGCACAGGUGAUGUACUGGAAUUCUUCUAAGAAUUUAGGACUGGAGAUAAAUGUAUCUAUUACAGAAAGCUCAAUGACCGCACCUUUGGAUGCAAGUGUCACACUUCAUUAAAAAUGAGUAAAAUCAUUUUUAUUUGUGGGUCUUCUGUUUACCUGGAAAAAAAGGGUGUCUUUGUUGGUUGACUUGCAUAGGUCAACCAAUAAAGACAAUUUUAGAGUCUUCAAAAAACACAAAAUGUUUUUACUCAACACUAGUCAAUUGCACCAAAAAGUGUGGUCAUUGUGCUUUUUGUAACAGAUGCAUUUAUCUCCAGUCCCAAAUUCUUAGAGGAAUUCCAGUACAUCACCUGUGAUUCACGCACUCACACUUCCCUCCAUACUUUAUACAAGACUGUAAACACAGAACUAAGACCACACUCAACUCUAGCAACACCACUACUACUAAGAACCCCAGACUCUGCAUUAUACCUCAGGAAGCGGUCAACACAACCAUGAACUUCCUUUCUGGAAGCAACAUCCACAUAGCUACCAGGGCCACAUCUUCCGCUGGGAAGGUUGCUAUGACAAACCCAACAGUGAAGCAGGUGUGUGCACUAUAAAAGGGCUGCAAUAAAAUCUAUAGAAAAAAACAUGAAGGAAUCUUUCCAUAUGUUUCUGAACACAAAAAUGCAACUGAGACAACACCAGCAAAUCUUGUUAUACAGAGAACUAAAGAUCAUCUCAUUCACUGGAACAACACUGAAAUGAUCUCCAGAGGAUAUAGCAGGGGUAGGCACCACUGUAUUGAAGCCUCUGACUGCUGCUUCCAACACCACAGAUCACAGCUGCCAAAUAUAUCUCCAGAACUCUGGCACAUAUGAUACUGUAAUAAGCUUCUUCUCAGCUGCCCUGCAACACAGCAAUUAGGUGACCUCACACUGCCACCUGACCAUCACCAGUGACUUGCAAUGUACAUUGUAUUUAUUCAUUCUCUUACAUUUAAAUGACACACGAGUAUGAAGAUGUCCUAUAAAUGUACACUUGUCUUUUCUAUUAUAAAAUUUAUAAUGUAAGCUCAAUAAACUUGUGUAUUUAAAAUGUACACACCCAAA